AUGUCACAAGCUCAAUUUAGAACUCUAGAGAGAGAGAAAAGAUUUCAAAAUCCACCAAAAGAUAAAUCAUCAUAUCCUUUACUAGAAAAUGCAGUUGCACCUCAUAUUGGUUCAUUUAAUGCAUUAACUGAAGGUAUAGAUGGUGGAUUAUUAAAUUUAGCAGUUAAAGAUAUUGGUUCAAAAACGAUAUUUGAUUCUAAAGAAUCUUCAGAUAGAUUAGGAAAUAAAUUAAAAAUAAGAGUUGAAUCAGUUUCUAUUGCAAAACCAAGUGUUCCACAAACUGAUAAAUUAUCAAUAAAUAGAAAAACAUUACCUAGUGAAUGUCGAGAAAGAAUGACUACUUAUAGAGCAAGACUAUUAUUAAAUGUAACAUGGAGUGUAAAUGAUGGAGAAGAACAAAGUGAAAUAAGAGAAGCAGGACAAAUACCAAUAAUGGUAAAAAGUAAUAGAUGUCAUUUACAAAAAAUGUCACCAGAUCAAUUAGUUGAAGCAAGAGAAGAAAGUGAUGAAUUAGGUGGAUAUUUCAUAGUUAAUGGUAUUGAAAAAAUAAUACGUAUGUUGAUUGUACAAAGAAGAAAUCAUCCAAUGGCUUUAAUACGUCCAUCGUUUGGUAAUAGAGGAAAUUCAUAUACGAAAUUUGGUAUACAAAUAAGAUGUGUAAGACCAGAUCAAACUUCACAAACUAAUGUAUUACACUAUUUAAAUGAUGGAAAUGUUACAUUCAGAUUUUCUUGGAAAAAAAAUGAAUAUUUAAUACCAGUUAUGAUGAUAUUAAAAGCAUUAGUUGAAACUAAUGAUAGAGAAAUUUUUGAUGGUAUAGUGGGUCAUGAUAUAGAGAAUUCAUUUUUAACAGAUCGUUUAGAAUUAUUGUUAAGAACUUAUAAAUCUUAUGGAUUAAAUUCACAACAAGAAACUUUAGCAUAUUUAGGAGAUAAAUUUAGAGUAGUAUUUGGUGCAACACCAGAUGUUUCAGAUAUUGAUGUUGGUAAAGAAGUAUUACAAAGAAUUGUCUUGGUGCAUUUACCUAAGAAUGAGGACAAAUAUAGAAUGCUUCUAUUUAUGAUUAGAAAAUUAUAUUCAUUAGUUGCAGGUGAUUGUGCACCAGAUAAUCCAGAUGCCACCCAACAUCAAGAAGUUUUAUUAGGUGGAUUCUUAUAUGGAAUGAUUAUAAAAGAAAAAAUUGAUGAAUAUUUGCAAAAUUUUAAAUUACAAGUUCAAUCAGAUUUAAAUAGAGGCUUGGGGGUAAAUUUCAGUGAUAAAAAAUACAUUUCAAGGGUAUUUUCAAGAAUAAAUGAAGAAAUAGGUCAAAAAUUACAAUACUUUUUAUCAACUGGUAAUUUAGUAUCACAAUCCGGUUUAGAUUUACAACAAGUUUCUGGUUAUACUGUUGUUGCUGAAAAGAUUAAUUUUCAUCGUUUUAUUGCACAUUUUAGAAUGGUUCAUAGAGGUUCUUUUUUUGCUGAACUAAAAACAACAACUGUUCGUAAAUUACUUCCAGAAUCUUGGGGUUUCCUUUGUCCUGUACAUACACCUGAUGGAUCUCCAUGUGGGUUAUUAAAUCAUUUAUCACAUAAAUGUGUGAUAUCAACAGUUGCAUCAGAUGUUUCAAAAGUUCCACAAGCGUUAGCUCAAUUAGGUGUAUCACCGGCUAACUCCUUUGCAGCAGGUCCAGAAUUAUGUUGUGUUCAAUUGGAUGGUAAAAUUGUUGGUUGGACAACUCAUGAACAAGGUAAAAUAGUAGCCGAUACUUUAAGAUAUUGGAAAGUUGAAGGAUCUCAUGAUUUACCAUUAGAUUUAGAAAUCGGUUAUGUUCCACCAUCAACUAAAGGUCAAUAUCCUGGAUUAUAUUUAUUUGGUGGUCAUUCAAGAAUGAUGAGACCUGUAAAAUAUUUACCUUUAGAUAAAGAAGAUAUUGUAGGACCAUUUGAACAAGUUUAUAUGAAUGUUGCAGUUACACCAGAAGAAAUCGAAAAUAAUAUUCAUUCGCAUGUUGAAUUUUCACCAACAAAUAUAUUAUCAAUACUAGCAAACUUAACACCAUUUUCAGAUUUCAAUCAAUCACCAAGAAAUAUGUAUCAAUGUCAAAUGGGUAAGCAAACUAUGGGUACUCCCGGUGUUGCAUUAGCUCAUAGAUCAGAUAAUAAAUUGUAUAGAUUACAAACUGGUCAAACUCCUAUAGUUAAAGCAAAUUUAUAUGAUGAUUAUGGUAUGGAUAAUUUCCCAAAUGGUAUGAAUGCAGUUGUUGCGGUUAUUUCUUAUACUGGUUAUGAUAUGGAUGACGCAAUGAUUAUAAAUAAAUCAUCAGAUGAAAGAGGUUUUGGAUAUGGUACCGUUUAUAAAGUUGAAAAAGUAGAUUUAUCACAGUCAAGAAGAAGAGGUGAUCCAAUUACUCAACAUUUUGGAUUUGGAGAUGAUGAAUGGCCAGAAGCUUGGAAGGAAAAAUUAGAUAGUGAUGGAUUACCAUUAAUUGGAGUUAAAGUAGAAGAAGGUGAUCCAAUAGUUGCAUAUUUUGAUGAUACUUUAGGUAAAACAAAAGUCAAGACUUAUCAUUCAUCUGAACCAGCAUAUAUUGAAGAAGUAAAAUUAUUAGGUGAUGAUGUUGGAGAUAAUGAAGGACAACAGAUAACAAUAAAAUAUAGAAUAACAAGACAACCAAUAAUCGGUGAUAAAUUUUCAUCAAGACAUGGUCAAAAGGGGGUUUGUUCAAGAAAAUGGCCACAAAUAGAUUUACCAUUUACUGAAAGUGGGAUGCAACCAGAUGUUAUUAUUAAUCCUCACGCUUUCCCAUCACGUAUGACAAUAGGUAUGUUUGUUGAAUCAUUAGCUGGUAAAGCAGGUGCAUUACAUGGUGUAGCUCAAGAUGCAACUCCAUGGAAAUUUAGUGAAUCAGAUACUCCAGCAGAUUAUUUUGGUGAACAAUUAUUAAAAGCAGGUUAUAAUUUCCAUGGUAAUGAACCAAUGUAUUCAGGAGCUACUGGUGAAGAAUUAAGAUGUGAUAUAUAUAUUGGAUGUGUUUAUUAUCAAAGAUUAAGACAUAUGGUGAAUGAUAAAUUCCAAGUUAGAUCUACUGGUCCAGUUAAUUCAUUAACAAUGCAACCUGUCAAAGGUAGAAAAAGAUCAGGUGGUAUUCGUGUUGGUGAAAUGGAAAGAGAUGCAUUAAUUGGUCAUGGUACAGCAUUUUUAUUACAAGAUAGAUUAUUAAAUUGUUCAGAUUAUACUCAAACUUCAGUAUGUAAAACUUGUGGAUCAAUUUUAACUACUCAAACAUCAGUUCCAAGAAUUGGUUCAAUGGCAAGUGUUAGAUGUAGAAGAUGUUCAGUUAAAUUAGAUAAAUUUGAUGGAUAUGCAGAAGAUUCUGAAAUUUGGGAAGAUGGUCAUGGAACUAAAUUUGUUGGUGGUGAUAAUACAACAACUGUUGCUAUACCUUUUGUAUUAAAAUAUUUAGAUAGUGAAUUAUCUGCAAUGGGUAUAAAAAUGCGUUAUAACGUUCAACCUAAAUAG